AUGAAAUUCCACAUGGAUUUAUUUAUAUUGACGUUUAUUGUGAACGCGAACUGCUGUGCUGCUAUAUAUUGGCUGUAAGUAUUCCUUACUUAUUAAUUUGUAUGUAGCUAUGGGUCUAUUCAGAUGCCUACGCUACUUUGUUUACUGACAUAUUUUUGUUCAUUUGAUAGGCCUAUGCCAUAUGAAAUAGCUGAUGACCUAAUUAAAUGUUGUUUUUACCUUUGCAGUGGACUUACUGUAAAGGGGAGCUCUGUAGGCUGGAAUCAAACUCAUCAUUGCAAGCUACUAGAUGAGUUGGCCCCUGAUCAAUCGCAACUUUGCCGGCGAAAUCUCGAGCUGAUGCACAGUAUUGUCCACGCAGCCAAGUUGACCAAAAAUACCUGUCAGAACACCUUCAAUGACAUGCGAUGGAAUUGUUCAUCUGUUGAAAAAGCCCCUCGUUUUACACCAGAUUUAGCAAAAGGUAGGCUAAAGACACUUUAAAAAGUAUCUUAUAAAUUGGAGAAUAUCAUGUGGCCUGUAAACUUCUGUGAUUGGCUGUGAUUUGCAUUGAUUUAUCUGUUGACUGUGCUCUAUUGCAGGCACCAGGGAGUCGGCAUUUGUGUUCUCACUAGCGGCUGCCUUAGUGAGUCACUCCAUUGCCAGAGCCUGCUCGUCUGGAGAGCUCCCCAGUUGCUCGUGCGCCCCAGCCCCUGCUGAACAGGCCGGGCCCGACUUCAUAUGGGGAGGAUGCGGUGAUAACCUGCGCUACGGUCUCCAAAUGGGAUCUGCCUUUUCUGAUGCACCGAUGAGAAACAGCAGAUCUGGCUCUCAGGCGUUCAGACUGAUGCACUUGCACAAUAAUGCAGUUGGAAGACAGGUAAUGGUCUAAUCUCACAUUGACAUGAAAGGUAAAUUUUUAUGCAUGGGUAAUUAUGCACGAGUUAUUGUGCCCAUUGUUUUUAAUAGUGGCAUUGCAUUUUUGACUCACUGUUUUUUUUUUUUUUACAUAAUAAACAACAUAUUAUGUUAUUAAUAUCUGCAAAAGGUGGCAACAAAUUUUAACAUCCUAAUAUCAUUUUUGCUCUACUUUCAGGCACUUAUUGAGGCUCAGGAGACCAAAUGCAAAUGCCACGGGGUGUCCGGGUCCUGCUCUGUCAAAACAUGUUGGAAGGGCCUCCGUGAUAUUAACUACAUUGCCAUGGAUCUCAAAUCCAAGUACCUGUCUGCCACUAAGGUGAUCCAUCGUCAUGUUGGGACAAGGAAGCAGUUGGUCCCCAGAGAGUUGAAUGUUCGACCAGUGAGAGAGAGUGAGUUGGUCUACCUGGUCAGCUCUCCGGAUUACUGCACACACAAUGAGAACCAUGGCUCACUCGGCACACAGGACAGGUAUGUUUGUGUUUCUCUCAAGGUUCAGUGGAAAAUGUGAUUUUUACUCUACCUUUGACACCUUCAAGGUCUAAUAUGUUGAUCCUCUCCCCCAUUCAUAAGAGUUUUAUAUUGUUGUUUAUUGAUUGGAACAAUCUUUUUUGUCUCCAGACAGUGCAAUAAGACAUCCAAUGACAGUGGGAGUUGCAAUCUCAUGUGCUGUGGUCGUGGCUACAAUGCCUACACUGAGAGGAUUGUGGAGAGAUGCCAGUGCAGGUACCACUGGUGCUGCUAUGUCACCUGCAAGAGGUGCGAAAGGACAGUGGAGAGAUAU